AUGCUGUACAUACAGAAACAGAACAAAGUUGCACGUGCACCUCCCGGCUGUAAAGUUCGGCUGUAAUUGUUAAUUACUACAACAUUCAAAGUUUUGAAAAUUACGUUUCGGGAUGGGCGCAGACGGGGAAGAAGGAUUCAGCGGGCAUAAACCACAUCGCAAACCGCAAAAGGGGAGAAAAUCAGAGAAAAAGGGGGGCAAGGACAGGAAGGAUGAGAGCUUAGACCCCAAACGUCGGAACCCCAAAGCUUUCGCAAUCAACUCGGUGGUGCGUGCGGAGCGAAAAUUUCGUCGUGCUCAGGAUCAUGAGACAAAAAAGGAGCGCGUGCCCCUCGUGGAUAGGUCCCCUGUGCAAGCCCCACCCUUCGUCGUGGCCGUCGUGGGGCCGCCCAAGGUGGGAAAGACCACCCUCCUCACCAACCUCAUUCGAAACUACACUCGUCAAAAUCUGACCGAGGUCAAAGGACCCGUGACGAUCGUGACCGGGAAGAAGAGGAGGCUGACCUUCAUAGAAUGCAACAAUGACAUUCAUUCCAUGAUCGACGUGGCUAAGGUCGCCGACCUUACACUUCUUUUGGUCGACGCCUCAUUUGGAUUCGAAAUGGAAGUAUUUGAGUUUCUCAAUAUUUGUCAGGUCCAUGGGUUUCCUCAAAUCAUGGGAGUCCUCACCCACCUUGACCAAUUUCGUAACAAGAAAAAGUUGAAAAAGACAAAAAAGACGUUGAAGCACCGCUUUUGGACGGAGGUGUACCCGGGUGCCAAGUUGUUCUAUCUCUCGGGUUACUUCCCGAUAACGAAUACGUACCCCAAGAACGAAGUUCAUAAUUUAGCCAGAUUUAUCUCCGUCAUGAAGUUUCGACCCACAGUGUGGAGACUGGAGCAUUCGUACAUUGUGGCGGAUCGGAUGGAAGACCUCACGUCGGGCGAAGUUGUGAGACAAGAUGCCAAGGCGGAUCGAAGGAUAAGUUUGUAUGGCUGGGUUCACGGCACGUUUCUCAAGGAAACCGUCUCUGUCCACAUUCCCGGCCUUGGCGACUUCACACCGGAUGCAAUCACUGCUCUCCCUGACCCUUGUCCUCUCCCCAUGAAAGAGAGAGUGCUUCGGAGGUCACUCAACGAGAAGGAGAAGGUCAUCUACGCCCCAUUCUCGGGGGUGGGUGGGAUUGUCUACGACCAGGACGCUGUCUACAUUGAUCUCGGUGGGAGUCACAGUCAUAAAAGGCAUGUCAGAGAUGAAGAGUGUGGUGUAGGUGCUAGUGGUGGUGGAAAUAGUUUUGUUGAAGAACUUCGUGACUUAAAAACCACACUGGACGAAAAAAUGGGAUCAGCGGGACUCAAGUUUUUUAGUGAGUCGGAAGCCAUUACGGGAGCCCAACUAGAAAUCGAAGGAGCGGAUGAAGAGGUAGGUGACGACCACGAAGAGGAUAUGAAACAGCAAACAAGUGAAAACGAAGAUGAAGAAGACGGUGAUAAACAGAAAAAGUUUACGCCUGUUGUAGCCACGGAUGGAAGAAUUCGUAGGAAAGUUGUGUUUGAGGAUGAUGAUGAUGACGACGUGACAAACGUUAUUUCCAAAGAGAUUGCAAGUCUCAAGAGAACGCAAGAGCAGAAUGCAAAGGACAAUAAGACACAACGACAACCUUUUGGAGACUGGGGUGAUAAUAAUGAGAAUGACGAUGAAAAGGAUGACGACGAUGAUGAUGAUGAAAUGGCAGAGGAAUCUGAGUCAGACGAUGAAGACGUCAAAGUAUUUGUGACUAGCGAAAAUAAAAAAUCAGCUGCACAAAAACAACAACAACCGAUGAGAAAACAAGAGUUUGCUGCAGACGAGAGCAUUUCUUCCCUCGUGUCCAAAAUCAAGUCCAAGCUAAACGAUGGUAGUAAUAAAAGUUCCGCCUCUAAAGAAAACGGAAUCGCCGAGAAGGCGAAAAACAAAGUGACUGGCGGGAUGGCCACUGAGCUCCAGGUAGAGUUUGACGACGACGAAGAUGACGAUUCUGAAAACGAUGGAGCGAGUGACGACGCUCUUAGUUUACCUUCCGAUGAUGACGAAGAUGACGAAGAGGAGGAGAUGAGCAUGGACGAAGAUGAAGAGGAGGAGCUGUCCGUGCCGAGCAGAAAGGGUGCACGAGUAGCUGGGUCGGUGGGUAAGUCUUUGUCGAAAGAAAAAGCUCAGCGGUACAGCUUGGCAGAAGAAGCCUUCUACUCCCGCUUCCAAAACCGCUCAAUCCAAAAAAUGAUUUACGACGAUGCGGACGACUAUCUCAACGUGUCCUCCCGAGCAGACUUUGACCAGGCCAACUGCAUACUCCGAGUUGACGUGGACAAUAACGCAUAUUCACAGAAUAGGGAUGAGAACGACGAGGAAGGAGAGGGAAGCGAUCCCAUGAAGGAUCUCUUCAUUGGGGGUGACUAUGCGGAAACGGCACAAAACCUGUUGGACCAUGACGGAGAAGCGAGCGACGAAGAGGAUGUGUUUGGUGACUUUGAAGAGCUGGACGACAAGCUCACUAAAUCGGUGGGUGGUGAGAAGAAAAACGAGGAAACUCAUGCUAAGCAGAAGGGUGGGCCGGAAAAUGAAGAGAAUGCGGCCAAGACGAGGGAGGAGAUGAAGAAGAAGUUGAAGGAGAAAUUUGACAUGGACUAUGACGACGGGGGUGAGAAGGAUGACAAGGCCUUUUAUCGAGAUUGGAAGGCACAGGUGGAGGAGCAAACCAAGAUAAACCGAACGUUUUUUGGAGACGUGGAAGAUGUCAAACUGCUCCAGGACUUGCAGGGACUUCCUCCUGGAACCUACGUUCGCAUAGAACUAUCCAAGGUUCCGUCCGAAUUUGUGACCAAUUUUGAACCACAAAGGUGUUGUCCGCUCAUCGUGGGUUCCUUGGACUCUCCCAACCAAGAAGCAUUGGCCGUGGUGCAGGCACGCGUCAAGAAGCACCGCUGGCACCCAAAGAUUCUCAAGACAAGGGAUCCCAUAAUCAUGUCCAUCGGUUGGAGACGAUUCCAAACGAUCGCCUUGUACUCUGUGCAGGAUCACAACAUGAGGAAUAGGCUCAUCAAGUAUACGCCAGACCAUCUCCACUGCAUCGCCAACUUUUACGGUCCUAUGACUCCACAAGGGACGGGAAUCCUGGGUCUGGCGCCAUCCUCCUUCUCUGGCUUUCGCAUCACCCUCACGGGGACGAUCCUGGACAUGGAUAAGAGUUCCGAGCUGGUCAAGAAGCUGAAGUUGGUGGGAACUCCGUCAAAAAUCUUCAAGAAGUCAGCCUUCAUCGAGGGCAUGUUCUCCUCUCAGUUGGAGGUUGCAAAAUUUGUAGGUGCCAAGAUCAAAACCGUGUCUGGGAUUCGGGGAGUGAUCAAAAAAGAGCUAAGAACUCCGUUGGGCUCAUUCAGAGCUACGUUUGAGGACAAAAUUGUUGAAAGUGAUAUUGUAUUUUGUCGGACUUGGGCUCGUGUAGAAGUGUCGAAAUUUUUCCUAAAUCUCCCAACGCUGAUCAUAUCCCAGCCUCGCGUGAUGAAAACGGUUGGGGAGUUGAAGAGGGAGAAGCAGUUGCAGAUAGAGCCAAAUCCGGAUCACCUCUACACUCCCGUCCAGCGCCAAGAGAAGCACUUUAGAGCACUCAAGGUCCCCAAAAGCCUACAAAACAAGUUGCCGUACAAGGAGAAGCCGAAGCUGGGGGCCAAGCUAAUUGAGCAAAAGAGAAUUGCUGUGAUUAAGGACCCACAAGAGAGAGAGAUGUCCAAGUUUAUCAAAACGCUGAAAACGCGGAUGAGCGAGAAAGAGGGAAAGGAGAAGGCAGAGAAGGCCAAACGGGCGGCGGAGAGGGAGAAGGUGGUCAAAAAGUUAGAGGAGCGUCACAGUCGGAGGGAGAAGGAGUUGCGCAAAAAAGUGUUUCGAACUCUAGGGCAGAUGAGCAAGAAGGAGGAACAGAAUGCGAGCAGUCGUGGAGGGGGUGCUUCUCGUGGGAGAGGAGGCAGAGGGGGUCGUGGCGGAAGGAGGCCACACAAACAUCAAAGAAACUAGAUUAUUAUUAGAUAAUAUAUUAGUUAAUUAAUUGCUACAAUUUUUGUCUCCUGAAUAUUUUUUAUUUAUUUGAACACAAACACAUGGAUAAAAUAUACAAAAAUAAGUAUAAAAUUAAUUGCUGCAAAUUAUAAUACCGGUAGCCGACUACGUUACAUAUAUAAAUAUGUAUUUAUUUUAUUAUAGAUUUUAUAAAUGAAUGAAUCUUGUUCAAAAUAAAUGUGCAACCCUGUCCGCUGGCAUGGGCACUUAUCUUGUCGCAAAAAA